GAUUUGUAGGAUGAAACGUUAUCCAAUCCUUCCCAAGUGUCGUGGAGUUAUCGUCAGUAAAAUCGAACCGCCCUCUUUCUCUUUGGGUAUAUAGUAUUUUAUAUUUAUAUAUAGAACAUGCAAUGCAACGAGGAUGGAGAAUUGGAGGAUGCAUCAUCGCUCACACAUUUUAUUUUUCGGAGUUUGAAAGCCAAAUUGGUAAUUCCUUCCCUUAAUAUUUGUAUCGUAAGUAAUAGCAUAUAUUGUUGCAAAGACAAGUAUACCCCCAUCAAUUUCAAGAUGCAGACACCAACAAACAUAACCAUAAAGGGUAUUCUGGGUAUUUUAAUGUCAUGUCUUGAUGAGAUGAACAAGAACAGAGUAAUCUCUUUAGGAAUGGGAGACCCAACUGCCUAUUCUUGCUUCACCACUACUGAUCUUGUUCAAGAUUCUGUAGUUCAAACUCUUGAAUCCCACAAAUUCAAUGGCUAUUCACCUACUAUUGGCCUCCCACAAACACGAAAGGCAAUAUCGGAAUAUUUAUCGAAAGAUCUCCCGUAUAAACUAACCCCUGAUGAUGUUUAUAUAACAGCUGGCUGCACACAAGCUAUAGAAGUUGCUAUAUCGAUUCUAGCUAAACCAAAUGCAAAUAUUUUAGUUCCAAAACCAGGAUUCCCAAUUUAUGAACUUUGUGCAGCUUUUAGAAAUGUAGAAAUUCGACAUUUUAAUCUUAUUCCAGAAAAAGGAUGGGAGGUUGACUUGGAUGAAGUCAAUGCAUUGGUAGAUCAAAAUACAGUCGCAAUUGUUAUCAUAAACCCUGGGAAUCCUUGUGGCAAUGUCUACACUUAUCAACAUUUAAAAAAGAUUGCAGAAACAGCAAAGAAGCAUAAGAUUCUUGUUAUAGCAGAUGAAGUUUAUGGGCAUUUAGCUUUUGGGGAAAACCCUUUUGUGCCUAUGGGUGUUUUUGGGUCAAUGGUUCCUAUUCUUACACUUGGUUCUUUGUCAAAAAGAUGGAUAGUCCCAGGUUGGAGGCUCGGGUGGUUUGUUACAACUGAUCCUAAUGGCAUCUUCAAAAUGCUAAGAACAUUGAGCGCCUAA